AUGUUCAAAAAAUUCAUUGAAAAUGAGAUAGAUUCAAAGUCAAGUGCUGAAUUGCGUGCAAAGUUCUUCAAAAAUAUAGAAGUUAAGCGAGAAAAGAUGUCUUCCGGUCAGCAGCAACAUCAACCACCACCACCACUUAAGAGGAUAAAAACCCUUAGUGAUAGGGAAAGGGAGCAACUGUUAAGAAAAAAUGGUGUCCAAGCAAAUGAUAAGCAGAAUUUUGUAGAAAAGCCAAAAGUUGCAAAAGAAAAAGGGCAGAAUUUGAAGAAAAGUAAAGUACAGAAGGAAGCAAGUAUGACUCGUUCACAAGGAUCAACAUGUAGACAAGAAAAGGAACUUCCUUCUAAAUCUACUGCUAUGGCUCACAAGAAUACUACAGAAGUAGAUUCUAGAAUGAGUCAAGAUUUGAAGGGAAAAGAGACCACAAUUGAAGAUGAUAUUGAAGAUUGUGGCAGCUUGCAAGAAAGGCCAACUAAGAAGGGAAAAACACGUCAAUUUGCUUCAAUGCCGAUUGAUACAUUUCUUAAACUUAACAAUGAACCUGAUGGUGAAGAGCAAUUAGAUGAGAAUGAAGGAGAUAUUAUAGAGGAGCAGGACAAGGAUUAUAUUAAUCCAACUGAGGCUGAGAACUUAGACAAUACUUUGAAAGUGCGUGCUGUUUUAUCCUUGUCAAUGGCUUAUUAUGCUAAUUUUGAUAUCGCUUAUCUUUGUAUAGAGACAACAGUGAAGAAAACACGAGGACCUACACAAUGCUUGAAGAUUCAUGCAAGACAGUUGGAAGAUAGAGAACAAAUUACUCUAGAUAGUGAAGGAGAGGCAAUUGGUCCUACUGAUGAAGCUGAAAACAACUUGAGCAAAUUUUUGGGCACAGUGGCAAGGAAUUCAGAUUUUUGUCCAUUAAUUUACACAAAUUGGAAGGGGAUUAAAGAUAAAGAAGCCAUUUGGGAAUAUGUUCAAGCUAAAUUCAUUAUUCCAACUGAAGGAAAGAGGAUGGUCCUUGCUCGUAUCAAUGACAACUGGAGAAGGUAUAAGAUUACAAUAAAGCAAACUCAUUUUCUGCCAUACAAAUAUGUUAAUGAGAUGCUGAAAAAUCGUCCUAAAAGUAUACCUGAGAGUCAUUUUCACAAGUUAAUUGCUUAUUGGAGAACUGAGAAAGUUAAGAAAAUGUCUGUGCAGAAUAAGAAAAAUAGGGCACAACAGAAAUUUAGGCAUCGAAAGGGACCAAUAAAUUUUGCAAGAAUACGUGCAAGAUUGGCUGCUUCUAAGAAAAAUAAUGAACCACCUACUCAAGCAGAAAUGUUUGUUGAGACUCGCCAAAGCACAAAGGGAAAAUCAUUGGAUGAAGACACUCUGGAUGUUAUUGCACAUUUGCAAGCUGAGAAUAAAAAGUCUAAAGAAUCAGCAAUUAGAGCUUUCCAAUCCAUAUUUGGGAAAGAGAAGGCAGGGAGAGUGCGAUGUCACGGAAGAGUAACCACACCAACUUUGUUGAAGAAAAAUGAGGAAAUUGCCACCCUUAAGCAGCAACAUGCAACUGAGAAAGCAACAUUAGAGAAUAAGGUUGAUGUGAUGCAAAAAGAAGUAGAUGAACUAAAAUCGCUUGUUAAGAUGAUGCUGCAAUAA